AAAAAAAAAAAAAAAAAAAACUGAACGUGGGAGUAGGAGCCGAGCUAACCCUGAGCGGCCACUUCGCGUAAAAUAACCACCCGAGAAGGAUGUUUGAGAGCAGGAAACAAACGUUCAAGUUACUCCUCAGGAAAAUAGACGCUAAAGCAGCACACAAAAUCAAACACCUCCUUUAUGAAAGCUCUCAGGUAGAAAGCGAAGUGAACUCUGAGAAACUCAAGAAGGAUAAGAAGAAGAUGGGUCUGCAGAAGAAAUCAUACAGCCUGGAAGAAGCCCAGCUGGCAAUCCAGCACAGAGACAAGCACCAGCCCCUUAUCAGAUCUCAGACCUUCGAUGUAGCGCCUACGAAAAAUAACGAGCAAGAGAAAAGCCUGGAUAGGAGGGGUUCCCUCACCAGCAGUUCGAGUAAAAGCAGUCAGAGUUAUUCAAAGCACAAUAAAUCCUUCCACAAGCUGUUCAAAGACAUUGCUGAAGAGGAGGCACUAAUCAACAGUUUCACCUGCGCUCUGCAGAAGGAGGUCCUGUACCAAGGCAAGAUGUAUGUGUCCAAAAACUACAUCUGCUUCUAUUCCUCCGUGCUCCUCAGAGAAACCAAGGUUAUGAUCCCGGUGUCAUCUGUAGCUCUCCUGAAGAAACAGAACACAGCCCUCCUGGUGCCCAACGCACUGUCCAUCCGCACCAGCGAUGGAGAAAAGUUUAUUUUUGUGUCUUUGCGAACACGAGACAUAACGUUCAAGCUCCUGAAGUCAGUCUGCAAUCCCUCAGAGAAUGCCAGCGCAAACAGCAGCCCAGUGUUUUCCUCUGCAGAGACAAGUUUUGACACUCCAGGGAAACACUUGAACUCCAGUCAGUCUAGCCUGGACCAGGAGCAGGAAACUCAGCCAGAUUCUCCAGGGACUCCGAAACACAGCAAAGCUCUGUCACCGCAAUUGAAUACAAUCCAUUCGCAACCCAACAGUGAGGACAAGGGGGAAGAUCAGAUCGACAGGGCAGUGGAACAGCAAGCAGGCGAUUCCUGGGUGUGGACUAUCACUCAGAAAGUGAACUCGUACAUCACGCCGCAUGAAUCCACCUCAGUCAACAUGUUGCUUAUCAUCUACCUGCUACUGGUGGUUGUUCUCCUCCUGUCCUCUGGGUAUAUCGGGCUCCGGAUCGUGGCUCUGGAGCAGCAAUUGACUUCCAUGGGCGCCUGGCCUGACGUCUCUGUGCACAGAGGGUACAAGGAAGCCUAACCCCUUCGUUUUGCAGACGUCCUGUCGCCUGGAUUGAUCAAAGCCCUCGCUGGCUCAAGCCCUCUCAGGGAGAUGCGAAUGAAACUCUGCUGGUCAGACUGCGACGGAGGAGAAUGAAUCCUCAGUGUUAUAGUCUCCACGCAUCUUGUAAUUUGAAUGACAGUUAACGGUGGAGAGGCAGAGGUGCAAGCCACACAGCAGGCAUUGUUUGCACUACCUACCAGCACCUGAAGAAGCGGAUUGCUAGCUAUCAGGUAUCCUUUUAGGCCAGUGCAAAAACCUAAAAGCCAAAACUGCUGGAAAAGAUGACCCGACAAUCUAAAGUACAUUGAAGUGCUCCUGUGAAUGAUCGGAAAGGCGUAUUUUGAAGAAACCUUUUCAAUGCAUCCUAACCGAUCCACUUUUACAGCAUUACUGUACAUUGGGAAAGCUAACCCUGCUGAUGGCAGGUUUACGAACUGAAUUAACAGUGCAAUAUUCCUACUACAUCAGGACUUCCUUGGGUCUUAACGGUAUUUUCCUGUGUAUUUCUAGCAUUCUGUACUUUGUAGUUUUUUUACAGCAGGAACAGUGUUUAAAUGUGUAUCAGCACUGCUUACAUCAGUAAACCGGUACUUUGUUUAAAGUACAGGUUCUAUAUAUUGUGACACCUGAUUGAUCAGCCCAACUCUGCCCUUUUUACUUGUAUACGAAGUGCCAGGGGAAUGUACAUUAUAGCUUAUUUUUUUGGAUCUUGGAUCUAUUGAAUGGUUUAUUCUGAAAGAAUAUUCUGUUAACCUCUUAGGAUACAGUAAAGAAACUGCCCCUAGCACAUGAAUUGGUGUCACAAAGCAAAAUAUUGUCAUUGCAAAUUAGCUCUGAGAUGCUCACUAAGGCAAUUCUAUACCAAGCAGUGAACCCUACAGGGUGAAAGAGGCAUUACAAGUUCACUGAACAAGAAACAAAAAAAAAAAAAAAAAAAAAAAAAAAUCCGCAAAUGAUUUAAGUACAAGACAGCUCAUCCUAAACCAGAACAGCGAGUCCAGGAUCUGACAGCAAGCCGUUUUAAAAAUAAUAAUAAAACGUAAUGUCAGCUAGUUAUCAUAAUCUACGUUUAAAUGCAGAACCAGCAACGUGCACAGCAGGAUCGCAACAACAGACAUCUGGUUUUUAGAUCUUGUGUACAAAUUGAUUUACAGUAUCUCUUCCCCUCCGUGUUUAUUUUUCUUGCUUUAAACUUUAAUAUAGCCAUUAGAGCUUUUUGAAAUGGAGGUUGCAAUAAGGGAAAAAAUUGUGCAUGCAUAUGCAAACCCAUAUAUCCUUAUAUGUAUAGUUUUUAAAGACUGCACCUGUAUGUAUUUUAAACUCAGUAUUAACUUUGCAACAUACCUCAACAAAAUUAGCUUUGUUCUACGUGUCAAUCAAGCAGUGCUUUAACUGUUGGGGCUUUUUGGUGGAAAGGAAAACGUCGUGAAAGCCGAGCUCGUCUACAGAGCCGUGUUAUUGAACUUCUACAUGGUGUUGGGAUGCAGCACACCCCCCUAAAGGGUUUUUUUUUUAAUGGAGUUCCUCAGGAAUGUAUUACUGCAUGGAAUUGUAAGACUUGGCAAUUGACUGUCAGCAAUGGCAACACAGUGGAUUUGCAAGAGAUGCCGAGUGGGACGCCGCAAUGGUUUUAUAUAGACCUGUGUUAUCAGUAUGCCAAUAUGAACAUGGUACCACUGGGGUAGUGUUUUAUCAACGGCAGCUGUCCUCGUGCUACCAUUCCCCAUCGUACACCAUGAUGAAUUGUCACCACUGCUUAGUGGCACAUCCAGUUAUCAUAAAGACAAGCACAACAAGUUCGGUGUUGCCUAUUUACACUCUAAACACAAGGCUUUUUUUUUUUUUUUGUAUGAAUUUCUACUGGAUAACGUGUUAUUUAAAUAUCUUUGAUGCUGCAAACUUUUUCUAAUCGAAAGUAACCUAAAUGAAGAGUUAAUUUGCAUUUUUGCACAAUUUCUUUUUUUUUUUUCUGUAUUUUUGUUGGUCUUUUUGAACG